UGGGACGGUCCCGUUGCCAUGGCGGCAGCGUCUUGAGGGCGGGAGGAAGGAGGAAGCAUGGCCGCCCUGGCCCGGCUUCAGGAGAGGCUGGAGGGACUCCGGGAGGAGUAUUUCCUUACGAACAGAGCUAUAGAUGAAGACAGAAAAACAAAGUACAAAGCUGCUGUCAAGAUCCAGCGCUGGUUUCGAGCAUGCAGGGUCCGAGCCUAUCUGAGACAUCUGAGCAGAAUGGCGAUUUUGAUACAGAAGUGGUGGAGAGGAUAUCUAAGAAGAAAAAACUUCAGAGAAAUAGUGGAGAGAGCAUAUUUUAUUAAGAAGCUGAAAUUCUACAAUGAAAUGGCUGUCAGGAUCCAGAAAAUGUGGCGAGGCUAUUACGUUCGGAAGUAUAUCCAUAAUUUUUAUGUACUGAAGAAAUACCUGAAAGCUGUUUCUGUGAAUAACGAGCUUGUCAGGAGUGAACUUCAAGAGUAUGCAGAAAUGAAGGAAAACGAAGAGAAAAUGAAAGACCUAGAAAAGAAAGAAAAGGAAAAGAAAUACCAAGCCCGAAAGAUGCAUUACCUCCUUAGCACUGAGCAGAUUCCAGGCAUCUACAAUUCACCAUUCAAAAAAUCCCCAGAUCCAAUGGAACUGCUGCUACGGAAGUCAAAGCCACUGACCCACAGAAAGCAGCAAGUGAAGAGUCCCUGUGCUGAGCUCUAUGACUGGCCAACAUGUAAAAAGCCUCCAGCUUUUGUCACAGCACUGCCUCUGCUACCUGCUGGCAGACAGAAACCUCAGGGGCCUUUCCGCAAUCCUGCUGAAGUGUUGCAGCAGCGCUACAAGCCUUUGGAACCAACCCUGAGAGUGAGAGAAUCAAUGUAUUCACCACCAGCCAAGGCCAAAGAGGCAACACAAAGGGAGGAAUGGAGAAAUCCCUUACAUGACAAUGAAUUUCUGCCAUUUUCUUCAUAUCAUAAAAAUGAUGAGAAGUAUGAGCCAUCACUUUGUAAGUCAGGCAAAUAUGGCCAAGAAGCUUAUGGAACUAAGUAUUUCAGAGAAGUAUAUCCUAAGAAGUGGAUAGCAGACAAGGACUUUGAAACACUGUUUUCAUCGAUUGUUCUCUUCGAAAAGUUUGGAAAAACUUAUUCCAGCACUGGACAAAUAGUGUAA